GAGUGACCGUUAGGGGGUGACAGAGGCUGUGCUAAGAGCCGCGCGCACCCACUCAGCUUGAUUUCAGUGAAACCCAAUCCGCGCGCCCCAGCCGGUUGGUUGUCAUGGACCGGACUCCAGCGCGUAGGUGAUCCUGCCAGCAACCCCCCCCUCUCUCGUUCUCUCUCGCUCUCCUGGAGGAGUAUUUCGCUGGGCCCCUCUCCAGACCCAGUUCUACAGAUGAACAUAGCGAAGCGAUCAAUCGAAGGCGCGGAGAGGUCGAUAUUUGCGUUUUGAGGAACGUAAGCUGCAGAAGGACUCAAAUCUAAAGCAACAGGCGACACAGGAGAGGCUACCGGACCAACUUCCCUGCUCGCUGGAGAGAUGGUUUCCUAAUCUCUUGGAUCGUUCUUCACGUUUGGAUCUGUUUUCGCCCGCAGCGAGAGGGGUUUGGAUGUUAUUACCGUAACUGCGUGGGGAAAGCUAUUUGCGUGAUCUGAAUUUCAAUCAACUGAGUCAGGGUAUCUGCAACUUUCGAUGCGGUGCAACGAUGCUUAACGUGGGAUUAUACUGAUGGGCAAACCUUGAAAGUUGAGCCUCCUCGGUGGUCGAAUAAUUUAAUGUGUAUUUUUGGCAUCAAACUGAGCGCAAACUUCGACUUUGGAAAACUCCAGAAAGGGAACUAUGGCAGGCGACUUGAAACCGCGACUUUGUCAGAUGACAAAAGGGGACAGCGGCUACGGGUUUCACUUGCACGGAGAGAAGGGCAAGAGCGGACAGUACAUCCGAAAAGUGGAGCCCAACUCCCCCGCAGAAGCCUCGGGCUUGCGCGCGGGGGACCGAGUUGUGGAGGUGAACGGAGAGAGCGUGGAGAGAGAGACGCACCAUCAGGUGGUGCAGCGCAUCAAGGCGUUGGAGGGCGAGACGCGUCUGCUGGUGGUGGACCGGGAGACAGACGAGUACCUGCGCAGCCUGCGGCUCACCUGCACCGAGGACAUGGCCGUACGCAUCACGGCCUCCUCCGCCGCCGUCGCCACGGCGACAAGCCCCGCCCCCUCCACGCCCUCGCCGCCGCCCACACCCAGCAAACGCCACAACAACGGCUCCGCCCCCAAGAGGACCCCUGCUGACCCCCCCAAACCCACACGCAGGUCACCCUCACGCGCCGCCAAGAAGGAGGCCCUCUCCUCGACCCCCCCUGCGGUGCGCCCCCCGUCGGAGCUGCUGCCGCGACUGUGCCACCUGGUGCGUGCGGAGGUGGGCUACGGCUUCAACCUGCACAGCGAGAAAUCCCGGCCCGGCCAAUACAUCCGCUCACUGGACCCCGGCUCACCUGCUGACCGCGCCGGCCUGCGACCCCAGGACCGACUCAUAGAGGUAAACGGGGUGAAUAUUGAGAACAUGCGGCAUGCUGAGGUGGUCGCCUUCAUUAAGAGUGUGGGAGCGGAAGCACGACUGCUGGUAGUGGACCCUGAUACUGAUGACCACUUCAGAAGGAUGGGACUGACCCCCACCAGCAGUCACGUCAGAGACUUUGAGGCCCAGUCCAUCACUAACGGCUCCCCGAGUCCUCGGAUUAACGGCAGCUCCACGUCUCACUCCACACACUCCGAGAUCAGCAGCACGGACGCCAGCACACUGAUGUCGGAGGGUUCAUCGGGCAGUCGUCUGCUUGACCCGUUUGCGGAGAUCGGUCUGCGUCUGAGCCAGACGGCGGCGGAGGCUCGUGAGAAAGCGCACGCCAAGCGCGCCAAGAAGAGGGCGCCGCAGAUGGACUGGAGCCAGAAAUACGAGCUCUUCAGCAACUUCUAACACACACACACACACACACACACACAAAGAUGGACUGGAGUAGGAACUACAAACUCUUCAGCAUCUUUUAACACACACACACACACACACGCACACACAAAGAUGGACUGGAGUAGGAACUACAAACUCUUCAGCAUCUUUUAACACACACACAUACACACACACACACACACACACACACACACAUAUACACACACACACACACACACACAAUGUAGGACUGGAGCAGGAACGAUGAGCUCUUCAUCUAACACACACAAACUCACACACAUACACACACACACACACACAUACACACACACACACACACAAUGUAGGACUGGAGCAGGAACGAUGAGCGCUUCAUCUAACACACACAAACUCACACACAUACACACACACACACACACACACAAAAUGGCGCCGCCAGCCGUAAUCCUGUACGCUCUGUGCAUACAUUUUCUCACCACGUUAUUCGUGAAAUCAUUCAAUAUUACAAGAAUAAAAAUAGCUUGUGUAAUGUGUUGAUUGAAACAUGCUUCGCGCACAAAUGAAAGCUUAUGUUUGGGGCAAAGAGAGCGGACUUCUCACCAUAAGGAUACAUUAGAAGAUGAUGAUUGGUGUAAACUUUGUCAUGACAUGAUAAGAAUUCUGGCGCUUAAAGGUGCUCUAAGCGAUGUUGGGUAACGUCACUUCUGCUGAUGUCCAAUCAAAACAGAGAGCUCGCUCACUACUCCCUCCCCCUCCCUCCCAAUUAAAACUCUCAUAAACGCGCAUCUCAA